CAGCCCUUACGCAAGGCGGGAUGACACAAGACCCUGGGCUCGAGGCCUGGGAAUCCUUCUCAGAGCUGCGACUCUGCUGGCGACUCCCAGGCAUGCGGAUCCUGCCUGUCCUCUGUGCUCUGCUCCUCCUGAUGCUCCAGGGGGUGACAGGGCUGUCCCCGGGUCGAGCAUCAGCCCAGGACUGCGAGCGCCGCGGGGGAUUCUGCUCGCACCGCUCCUGCCCGCCGGGGAUCGGCCGCAUCGGCCUCUGCUCCGAGCGGGAAUUCUGCUGUCGGAUGCGCUGGUAUCCCUGAUCCCGGAUCCCCGAGCAGGACUCCAGGCCAGGACGAUGCUGCCCGGGGGCACCAAGCACUGCCGGGGGCAGCAGCAGCCCCGCACAGCCAGACCUGGAUCCCGUGGGAAUCUCACCCCCCAGUGUCCCCAAUACAAGGUGGUGGUCGUUCCCGCUGCCAAGAUGUGUAUCCUGG